AUGAAGGAGGCCUCAUCCGACCCCGAUAUAGCUUCCAAACGCUCUGAUGCUCAGCCCGUAGCGAAUGGACUCUCCCACCAGCUGGAUACCGAGCUCCGUGACUUGUCUGCCUUGAACGAGCACGCUCCAGCAGCUACCUCUGCCGAAAAAUCCCCAAACACCCUCCAGACGCCUGAGAACCGCAAUGCCGGCGCCGUGUCUCCCCUCAGCAACAAUGCUCCCUUCAUCGUCAACAAGAUCCCCGAAAAGGACUUCCAAAAGUCGUCGCUCAAGCCAAAGAAGCGCUCGACAGCGCCAGCCUCGCAGGAUGAGGGGUCUUUCUUAGGAACUAAGGAGGCCCACGAAAGUACCCUCGCCCCCGAAACCACCACCAAUUCCGACGACGGAAUUGAGAAUGAACAAGUCGGCCAGAAUCAGAAGAAGCGCACCUUUGUCCAAGAGUUUCGUAGAUCCUUCUGGCUCGUCCUGACCCACAGCUGGUUCAAUGUCCUGCUCGUGUUCGUGCCCCUGGGCAUCAUUCUCGCCAACAUCCCCGGCAUUAAUAGCGGCAUCGUCUUCGCCAUGAACUGUAUUGCCGUGGUUCCCCUCGCUGGCCUGCUCGCUUUCGCGACCGAGUCGGUGGCCAUUAAAAUGGGCGACGCGCUUGGCGCCCUGCUCAACGUGACGUUUGGCAAUGCCGUGGAACUGAUCAUCUUCAUCAUUGCCUUGGUCAAGAAUGAGAUACGUAUCGUCCAAGCAUCUCUGCUGGGCUCCAUUCUUGCCAAUCUGCUCCUCAUUCUGGGAAUGGGCUUUUUCCUCGGUGGUUUGCGCUUCCGAGAGCAAGUCUACAACAGCACCGUUACUCAGAUGAGUGCUUGUCUUCUCAGUUUGAGUGUCAUCAGUCUGGUCUUGCCUACGGCUUUCCACGCAUCAUUCAACGAUGCAGACCUAGCUGACCGUCAGUCACUCAAGAUCAGCCGCGGUACCAGUGUUAUUCUUUUGCUGGUCUAUGGCAUUUAUCUUCUUUUCCAGCUUAAAUCCCACGCAUAUCUCUACGAAUCGACUCCUCAGAACAUUGUCGAUGCCGAGUCAGUUCCAGGUCCUGCCGCUGCAUGGCUGGACGCUUCAAGCUCGGAGUCUAGCUCUGAUUCCUCCUCUGAUUCCGAUGACUCCAGCCACUCCCGGGACACUGUUCGCCGUGCGAUGAGAAAGGUUCUCCGCCAUGGACGCAGAAGAAAGUCGUCUGUUGCCUCCGUGGAGACUAGCGAGCUUCCCACCAGGACUUCGUCUUUUGGAACCAAUGCCACCAGCCCGCAGGAAGAGUCUUCGGAAACCUCUUCGCGCCCUCAGUUCCCUAGGCUCUCUUCAACUGAGACCAAUGAGGAAGCUAUCGAAGAUGACGAGAGAUCUCAUCGCAAGCAUAGAAGACCCAGCCUUCGACACCUGCGCAAAAAGAGCAAGAAGCAGCGUCGUCACCAUCAGCGUGACGCAGAGGGAGAUGCCCAACAGACGAUUACCGAACAACCUGACCAGAACUCACAUGGAAAUGGAGAACCUCGCCGUGUCGACUUUGCAAUUCCCAACGAUGCGGAAGCCACGAAUAGUGGCAACGAAGCUGGCACUGGAUCCAAGCGACCGGCGUUCCCUGCUCUGCGCUCUGUGUCUGUGAAGAAUCUGGCGCCCACCGUCUUCGUACAGAAGCCCGGGUUGGAUCCUAUCUCUGCUGUUCCCGCUGGUCCGGUGCCUCGUGUUCGCUACGGCGUUCGACGAACAAAUUCUCUUCCCGACAGGUUGAACCACCAGCUUCGACCUCCUGGUGCUAUGCUGCCGGCUCAGGUGCCAUUGACCGCUGUGAGUCGCUCACUGAGCGGAUUCAAAGAGGAGGAUGAGGAGGAGGAGCACCUUACCCAAGCGGCUGCAAUUAUCCUUUUGCUUGUCACCACUGGCCUUGUCGCGGCGUGUGCUGAGUUUCUCAUUGGUUCUAUCGAAGACGUCGUUGCUACAUCAAGUGUCGGCGAAGUCUUUAUCGGUCUUAUUGUCCUACCCAUUGUCGGUAACGCAGCUGAGCACGUCACAUCCGUCACCGUCGCAAUGAAGAACAAGAUGGAUCUAGCUAUCGGUGUUGCUAUUGGCAGCUCCAUCCAGAUUGCUAUUUUUGUCACUCCCCUGGUUGUUAUCCUCGGCUGGAUUAUGGACAAGCCGAUGACGUUGUACUUCACCCUGUUUGAGACGGUUUGUCUCUUUGUGUCAACGUUUAUGGUCAACUUUCUUGUUUUGGAUGGCCGUAGUAACUACCUUGAAGGCGCUCUGCUGUGUGCAGUCUACUGCAUCAUUGCUGUUGUGGCCUACUUUUACCCGUCUGGCGCAGACGCCAGCGCGUGGGGUAACUAA